AUGACGACAAACAUCCCAUCAAUCUAUCGCGCCGUCUUCCUCUACUGGGACCCGCCAUGUGCGAUAUGGGGCGCCUACCUCUCCUUCUUCGCGCGCGACAUGACACUCAACUCGUUUAUUCCCGGGUUAGCGGCUAAUCGCGACGCCGCCCACGACAUGAUGUUCUAUCACCAAGGCGGUUCUCUGUUGGGUGUAGCUAUUCUUAACGGCUACCUUCUGAGAUACACCAAGGAUGUCUUCAUCUGGAAGCUUGUGCAGGCGUCUAUCCUGUGUAUCGAUGUCGCAUUGUUGGUGGGCAUGACGGGUCACUUGUCUGGGCAGGGAAGGUUGUCUCCUGCAGCAUGGACAGGGUACGACUGGAUGGGCAUCAUCAUCACUGGGGGAGUCACGAUCGCCAGAACGCUGUUCAUUGCCGGGGUUGGGCUGGCAGAGAAGGUCAAGACACCGUGA